AUGAAGACGAUCCUUGCGUCGGAGACGAUGGAGAUCCCGGAGGAGGUGACAGUGAAGGUGUCGGCGAAGAUGAUCUCGGUGACGGGGCCGCGCGGGACACUGACCCGCAACUUCAAGCACCUCAACCUCGACUUCCAGCUGCAGGAAGGCGGGCGGAAGCUCAAGGUGGACGCCUGGUUCGGCACCCGCAAGACCAUGGCCGCCAUCCGCACCGCCAUCUCCCACGUCCAGAACCUCAUCACCGGCGUCACCAAGGGCUUCCGCUACAAGAUGCGCUUCGUCUACGCCCACUUCCCCAUCAACGCCUCCAUCACCGCCGCCAACCGCGGCAUCGAGAUCAGGAACUUCCUCGGCGAAAAGAAGGUAAGGAAAGUCGACAUGCUUGACGGUGUGACGAUCCUGCGGUCCGAGAAGGUCAAGGAUGAGAUCGUCCUUGAUGGCAAUGACAUUGAGCUCGUCUCUCGCUCUGCUGCCUUGAUCAACCAGGUUAGAGCCCUUGCCUAUGUGCAGACAAGGGCGCCAUCAAGGAAGAGUAGUGUUGUAGUGACCUAUCUGCCGCAACCCCUUUGUAGCUUUUAA